UUCCCUCUCAACGCGCCCUCAACGCACCCUCUCCAUCGGUCGGCAUGACCAAGUUUGGGGACUUUGCCCCCCUCUGUCACCAAGUCCCAUCAUAUCCAUGGUGUAAUCUCUUCUACCGCCAGCUACAACACCGUGACCCUACUGCCCUUACGAACCUGUCCUCAGAUGCUACCUCCGCCCCGGUAGGCAUCAACCCAGAAUGCGGCAUCCCCCGUGUUGGCCAUGAUAGUUCGCUCGCAAACAUUGCCAACAUCGUUGCCUGCGGGCUGAGCAUCCUCAUCACUCUGCUUCUCGUAUUCUGGACCAAUCGGAGAAGGGCUGCUGUCGGUCGGGUCGAGUUCCAAAUAUUCUUGGUCCUCUAUUUCUUGACCAUCCCCUUCCAGCUCAUAUCCACGGGCUCCUUCCUUGAACAAGGCACCACUGCUCUGACCGUUAUCACUGCAAUACAUGCUGGACUCGUCACCGCCACGUUUUGGGCACUGCUAGGUAACGCGAUUGUCAGUACGCAGGUGGUCGAGGAUGGCACGAUGAGCUCACUGGUGCCGUUCCACUUCUUCGUUGUCGCAUUCUUCGCUGCGACAACAUACAUUUCCCUCGAUGUUGGCUUCUCCUUCACGACGGUGUUUCAAUCAACGCCCCCAGCCUCCCAGAACAGCAUCGCGCUCUUCGUGCUCACUAGCAUUUGGCCGGCCGCCGCCGCGAUUCUAUACUUGGUGAUCAUGACCUACGUCGUGCUCGGGAUGUUGAAUGAAGUCCGCCCAAUGUGGUACUACGUCCUGGCUGCGAUUCUGUUUGUCCUCAGCCAGCUGGAUUAUUUCUUGCUGAGCAAGGUCAUUUGCAAGGGUGCAAAUAGCAAGAUUGACGGAUCAUUUGUUGCGACGAUACUCGAGACCGCCGCGGUCGCCGUGCUCUACUUUGCGUGGCGAAGCAUUACGGAAGAGUCGUGGGAGGAAGACAUCUACUACCCUCGGUGACGACGUCUCGUAAAGUCAAUCAGCCCGAGCCCCGGACAACCCCCUCCAGGGGCAUGCACACGCAUCCAUGCCCCCGCCGGCCCUCGUCCACACUCCCGCUGCGACGCCGAUAGUCGCCUCACCUUUGUUGUUCUGUCUAGACACCCGAUUAUUGUCUUCUCGUAUCUCAUGGACCGUGGUUCUCGCCCGAUGCCCUCGAAGCCAAUCAAUUGAUCCCCCUCAUGAACUUGCGCGCUCCCUCGUGUACCUGUUGUUCCUAUGCUGUACUGUGCACAUUCCGUCUCUUCUCCUGUUUGUGACAUCCUACUCAUUGUCUAUGUUUAUCGCCUCCCCUUUCGCUGCGUUGUGCCCGCCGCGCCGUUCGGUAUUCUUCAUUACUCGGUUAUCGUUGUCUGUCAUGGAAUCAUCAAUUCUCGGUCUUCUGUCGUCUCAUGUUCUACUAGUGUUGUUCUUCGGUGCGCGCUGACGGUGCUACGGCGUAUGCUGCGGCUUGCCCGUCUGCGCCAUGUCAAAUCCGCUCCCUGGAGGUGGCGUUGUAGGAAGCACGGGAGCGUGCAACGAGCGGGGAGUGGGUCUUGGCCUGGUGCGGGUCACGGUCGAUAUCCAGCUGCGCAAGCGUGGUCGUGUUCUUGUAGAGGCUCGUCAGUAAUAUAAUGC